UCCGACGUUUCUUCAGCCUUGCUGAUCAACUCUCCUUCCUCCAUCACUCCUUGACAACAUGAGCAUUCCCUCGCAGCCCGUUCCCCCUAGCUGGAAGGACCUUGGCAAGGCCGCCAGCGACCUGCUCGGCAAGGACUACCCCAUCCAUGGCUCGACGCUCGAGGUCAAGACCAAGACGCCCAACAAUGUCACCUUCCGCGUCCUUGGCAUGCGCGACUCCAAGACGGACAAGAUCAACGGCGACCUCGAGGCCAAGUGGGCCGACAAGAAGAGCGGCACCACGCUGACCCAGGCCUGGUCGACGUCCAACGUGCUGCGCAACCACGUCGAGCUCGAGAACCACAUCGCAAAGGGCCUCAAGCUCGAGCUCAUCACGACGCUCAUCCCUGACAAGCAGUCCAAGAACGCCGUCGUGGCCAGCACGUACAAGCAGCCCGGUGUCCACACGAGGCAGCACCUCGACCUGUUCAAGGGCCCCACCGUCACUGCCGACGCCGUCCUGGGCCGCGACGGCUUCCUGCUCGGUGGUGAGGCGUCGUACGACGUCAAGGACGGAAAGCUGUCCAAGUACAACCUCGCCGCUGGCUUCCACGCGCCCGAGUACGCCGUCACCCUGCACGCGCUCGGCAACCUGAGCCUGUACACGGCCAGCUACUACCACCGGGUCAACCCCGACAUUGAGACGAGCGCCAGGGCCACGUACGACACCAAGGGACCCGCCAGCGCCGUCAACCUCGAGGUCGGCACCAAGACCUACCUCGACAACGCCGCCUUUGUCAAGGCCAAGAUCAACAACGCCGGUAUCCUCUGCCUCGGCUACACCCAGGCCCUGCGCCCCGGCGUCAAGGCCUCGCUCGGCCUGGCCCUCGACACUGUCAAGCUGUCGGACAGCAACGGUGCCAACGCCCACAAGGUCGGCGCCUCGAUGGUCUUUGAGGCCUAAAGAGAAGGGGAAUAAAAGAGUCACUGGCCCCCCGGAAAGCUGUAUAGUCGUAGAGGAGACCAAGCCGUGGUCCGCGGUCUCGUCGUCCUACCCUGUUUGGGGCAGACCCAGGUCGCGCAUACGCUCCCCCUUAAUUGAUGAUGAAAUGCUUUGCGG